ACUCUAGCUUAGCCGCGGCCAUUUUCUGUUGCUAUCUGUAACCUGUAAGUGGGGGACAGUGCAGAGGCAGUAUAAUUCAUUGUUGUGGCUCCGCUGGUUUAUUCUACAUUCCCUUUCUACGGUUGUGUAGAUUCGGGAGAGGAAAUCUGGCAUGUUUUCCAACAUCGGUGGUCGGUGAAAGGGAGAAGGGUUUGUGUAGCUCUCAAGAAGAUCCCGGAGAAAGCCGACCCGAAGGAACAUGGCUCUGAAAAUCGUGAAAGGCAGCAUUGACCGAAUGUUUGACAAGAAUUUGCAGGACCUGGUACGUGGCAUCCGGAACCACAAGGAAGACGAGGCCAAAUACAUUUCACAAUGUAUUGAUGAAAUAAAGCAGGAGCUGAAGCAGGAUAAUAUCGCAGUCAAGGCCAAUGCAGUCAUCAAGCUUGCUUAUCUGCAGAUGCUGGGUUAUGACAUCAGCUGGGCUGCCUUCAACAUUAUAGAAGUUAUGAGUUCAUCUAAGUUUACGUUCAAGAGAAUAGGAUAUCUGACUGCCUCUCAGUGCUUUUAUGAAGGGACUGAUGUAAUCAUGUUGACAACUAAUCAGAUUCGUAAGGACCUCAGCAGCCCAAAUCAGUAUGAUACUGGAGUUGCUUUGACUGGUUUAUCCUGUUUUGUUACCCCAGAUCUUGCCAGGGAUUUGGCAAAUGACAUUAUGACACUGAUGUCUCAUACAAAGCCUUAUAUUAGAAAGAAAGCUGUGCUUAUUAUGUACAAGGUAUUUCUUAAAUACCCAGAAUCCCUACGACCUGCCUUCCCUCGCCUUAAGGAAAAGCUGGAGGAUCCUGAUUCUGGUGUUCAGUCUGCUGCCGUGAAUGUUAUCUGUGAGCUUGCCCGUCGCAAUCCGAAGAAUUAUCUUUCCCUUGCUCCAUUGUUCUUCAAACUAAUGACAUCAUCAACUAAUAAUUGGGUCCUCAUUAAAAUAAUCAAACUCUUUGGAGCCCUUACUCCACUUGAGCCACGGCUGGGGAAAAAACUCAUUGAGCCGCUGACUAAUUUAAUACACAGCACCUCAGCCAUGUCCCUUUUGUAUGAAUGUGUGAACACUGUGAUAGCAGUACUCAUCUCUCUAUCCACUGGAAUGCCAAAUCACAGUGCAAGCAUCCAGCUUUGUGUACAGAAAUUGCGCAUUCUUAUUGAAGAUUCUGAUCAAAACUUGAAGUACCUGGGUUUGCUGGCCAUGUCAAAAAUUUUGAAGACUCACCCUAAGUCUGUACAAUCCCACAAGGAUCUUAUUUUACAGUGCUUGGAUGACAAAGAUGAAUCUAUACGACUCCGUGCUUUAGAUCUUCUGUAUGGAAUGGUUUCAAAGAAGAACUUGAUGGAAAUAGUAAAGAAAUUAAUGAUUCACGUGGAUAAAGCAGAAGGCACAACAUACCGAGAUGAGCUCCUGACAAAAAUCAUUGACAUAUGCAGUCAGUCCAACUAUCAAUAUAUCACCAAUUUUGAAUGGUAUAUUAGCAUCCUGGUGGAACUGACACGACUGGAGGGAACACGACAUGGCCAUCUAAUUGCAGCACAAAUGCUUGAUGUGGCUAUCCGUGUGAAGGCUAUUAGGGCAUUUGCUGUGUCACAGAUGGCUAUGCUGUUAGAUAAUGGCCAUCUGCUUGCUGGCAACAUGCAAAGAAAUGGUAUCUGUGAAGUUCUAUAUGCUGCUGCCUGGAUCUGUGGUGAAUUCUCUGAAUACCUUCAAGAGCCUAACCAAACGUUGGAAGCUAUGCUGAAAUCCAAAGUCACAACGCUGCCAGGGCAUAUCCAGGCAGUUUAUGUGCAGAAUGCUGCAAAGUUGUAUGCAUCAGUUUUGCAGCAAAAUGAACAAGCUGGCGACAAAGAAGCUGCUCAAGAAAUAACACAAAUGCUGAUUGACAAGCUACCCCAGUUUGUUCAGAAUGCUGACCUUGAAGUGCAGGAGCGGGCUUCUUGUAUUCUUCAAUUGAUUAAAUACAUACAAAAGCUUCAAGCGAAGGAUGUUCCUGUUGCAGAAGAAGUGAUGGCUUUGUUUGCUGGAGAGCUUAACCCUGUCGCUCCCAAGGCACAGAAGAAAGUUCCAUUGCCAGAUGGACUGGAUCUUGAUGCCUGGAUCAAUGAUGCACCUUCAGAAAGUUCUUCAGAUGAUGAAAACCCCAAGAAAAUGAUCUUCCAUGAGGAGGAACAAAGGAAUGUCAGGCAUAGACGGCCGGAAAUAGAUGAAGAUGAACUUGCACGGCGGCGAGAAGUAAGGAAACAAGAACAGGCAAACAAUCCGUUUUACAUCAAGAGUUCUCCAUCUUCUCAGAAGAAUUACCAAGAUGCCAGUGGUGUUGAUCAUAUACCUGUGGUGCAGAUUGAUCUUACAGUACCAUUGAGAGUACCAGGAAUGCCUUUGUCAGAUCAGUAUCUUAAGCUGGAAGAAGAACGGAGGCAACAGCAAAAACAAGACAGACAGAAAAAGAAGAAAAAACAGAAGAAAGACAAAAGCAAACGUCGCCAUGAUUCACUUCAUACUGAAAGUGAUGAAGACAUUACUCCAGUUCAUCAUGUUGACAUUAUCACAGAAGAAAUGCCUGAGAAUGCCUUGCCUAGUGAUGAUGAUGAUAAAGAUCCAAAUGAUCCAUACAAAGCAUUGGAUAUUGAUUUGGAUAAUCUAAAUCCCAUGAAAAAAGGAAGGCCUUUAACAGAUAAUGAAAAAUUGCCUGCUAGAACGCACAGAGUAACUGAAAAGAAAGCACCAGAAGUUGAAGCUGCCUCCGUAGAGGAUAAAAGCAAAAAGCCUAAGAAAGCAAAGAAAGACAAAGACAAAAAGAAAGAUAAAGAGAAAAAGAAAGGUAAAGAAAAAGUCAGCAAAAAGCACAAGUCUUCUGAAAAUACAGAACAUGAACAUGAUGCACCUAAAGAAGAAAUUGUUGCACCUGCAGCCCAAGAGGAAGAAAAUGAAAAGCCCACAGGAGGGGCAUCAGAUAUGGACUUCUGGUUGUCUCCUGCUCCCAUACAAAGUAAACUGCAGCAAGAACCGCUUAGGAAUGAAGUGGCUUCUGAACCUCCAGAGACAUUAAAAGAAAAUGACAAGAAAGAGGAUACAAAAUCAUCGAAGCAUAAAAAGAAGAAACACAAAGAAAAAUCAAAAGAAGAAAAGAAAUCAAAGAAAAAGAAACACCACAGUGAUGAAGAGGCUCCAGAAUCUGUUCAGAAUGGUAGCUUGGAGGAUGAGCCUUUACCGCCAAUGUCCAACUACUGCCUUCUAGCAGAAGAUGCCUACAUUAAAAUGAUGUAUGAUGUUCAAGGAAACCUUCAGGAUGGGAGUCAAGUUGUUGUAUCGGUUAUCUUCGAAAAUCAAAGUAGUGGUUAUCUUAAAUCAAUGGAGUUCAAUGUUUUAGAUUCUCUCAACACUAAACUGGUUCGACCAGAAGGAUCUUCUAUACACGAUGGUCUACCAGUUCCUUUCCAACUUCCACCAGGAGUUUCAAAUGAAGCUCGGUUUGUGUUUACUGUGGAAAGCAUAGUCAUGCCACAAAAACUGAAAGGAACCCUGACCUUUAUAGUAAAAACAGACGAUGGAUCUUCGCACGAAAAACUUGAUUUUAAGUUGCACUUCACUUGCACUUCCUACAUGAUUACGACGCCUUGUUAUAGUGAUGCAUUUGCAAAAUUGCUAGAGUCUGGUGAAUUGAAGAUGUGUUCAAUGAAAGUGGAUGGAAUAAAUAUUUCUUUCCAGCUUCUUCUGGCUAGAAUUUGCUUUCAUCACCACUUCUCAGUUGUGGAACGAAUCAAUUCAUGUGCAUCUAUGUAUAGUCGUUCUAUCCAGGGUCAUCACAUGUGUCUUUUGGUGAAGAUGGGUGAUAGCUCUGUCUCUGUGGAUGGGAAAUGCAGUGAUUCCUCCCUUCUUGGAAAUCUACUUGAUGAAUUGAAGCAGACAUUGACAGAGACGUGCUGAGCUGUUGUAAAUCACACUAGAACUGUAUUAUGUUUUCCCUGAAAGCAUGAGCUACAUAACACAAGGCAUGUGAAUUAUUUAUCUUCACAGUCAUUUGCCGUUAAACAUCUUAAUCUCGUGUUUAAGGUUUUUUGGUUUCUUUGGCCACUACUCCACAUAUUGUUUCAUUACAAUCUCAUUAUGCAACCAUGUGUAUUAUACUGGUUACUGAGACCAGCAGCCGUUCAAAUAUCCAGACUCCUAGAGUGUAUUGAACUGGUUUGUGUAUUUCAAAUUGAUACUGCAUUCCUGAAGAAUUGAAUUGUAGUGAUGCUGUGUAAGCAGCUGUGAACCCAAAGUAAUCUGCCAGUCUCAGUCAGAGACUGAACAUUUACUUUAAAUUUGUCUUAAUUAAAUGUUUAUUCCAAAAAAAGUGGUGUUUUGUUUGAUGGUCAAAACUGUCAAUCUAGCAUGUAGAGUUCUCAUAGAAUCCUGUGUGUUGAUUCUAGGAUUUUGAACAAUGUGUUUAAAAUUAUUUACUUAUCACCAUUCCCUCUUGGAGGUUAAAAAGAAAUAAUGACAAGCUGCUGUUAUCUUUUGUGUCGAUAAACCAAUAAAAAUAUAAAACCUU